ACGUGUUGUGUAUUAUUUCUUAAUUGAGAUGAAACCGUUUAGAUAAAAAAUCAAUUUAAAAGUAAUUUAAAUAUAAUUCGAAAACAACUCUAUUCGAAAAAACAUGAAAAUUGGAGCUCAUUCAGUCCCACAUUAUUAUAGAAAGUCAUCGUUACUAACAAUUUUAAUGUAACAAAAAGAAUGACUCUGAUUAGACCAAUUAUUUUGUAUCCUGUGUACAUUCUAGGAUUUUUGAGUAUAGUUGUCCUUGGAAGGCGUUCUUUUGAUGUUGCUUUCGAAUCUAUCAGCUGCACCACAAAUGUCAAGUACGCAAAUAUAUCUACGACUUCGUGUUAUGUUGAUGACAGUCAAAAACCACCAAAGGGUUAUGUUUCAAUUGAAAUGAGUAAAGUUGUCACUAAUUUGAACAUGUCAAUCGAUUUAAUAGCUUUGAAAUCCAAUACCGAACAUUUUAAAGUGUUUAGUGAAAAAAAUGUCGAUGGUUGUAUGUUUAUGGAGAACAAAAUCGAAACAACUAUGUUGAAAAUUGUGUAUGAAAUAACAACUACUGGGGGGAAAUAUCCUAAGUGUCCAAUAACUAAGGACAAUCAUAUUGAUUUAAAAGGAAUAACUAUUGAUGCUGAGAAAUUUCCUCCAUAUUUGCCAGAAGCAAAGUAUUCAAUGUCCUUAAAAACGUACAUUGGUCCAGAGAUUUUAUUUAGGAUUGAUGUUAUUACAAAAGUUAUUCAAAAGAAAAAUCAUAAACAAAGAAUAUUUUAUUAGUUUGAUUUUAUUUUUUAAUAAAAAAUGUAUAUAUUUUG